AUGGGUGUCUGUAGUGAUUAUAGCGUCGUUAACAGCUUCCAGUCUGACCUGGCUCUUCACCACGAAGGGACUGCAGUUGUAGACAUGUUCAGAGUUCUUUCCUCCAAAGCACAUGUGCUUCUUAAAGUGAAAAAUACUACAGAGGAUGGGCUUCUGGUCUGGGAGGAUGAGUGGCGUGCCAGUAAAAUUUUACUGGAUGAGACAGAAACAUGGAUCACAGUGAAGGAAAGGGGCGUUUACCUUAUCUUCAUACAGGUGACAUAUGCCCUAGUGAAAGAUGGAGACAGUACUACUGUUGAUCUUAAAGUCAUUGUGGAUUUAAAUUUUACUGAAAAUAGGCAACAAUUUGCCGCUGCUUUUGACACCCGGCAUCUCAGUUCAGCUGACCAAGACGCUCAUCUGACUUCCCUUUUCCUGAUAGAAAUGAAAGCUGGAGAAAAGAUUUCAGUUUCUGCUAGCCCAAAGAAGUGGAUAAGUACGGAACCUCGUCCGUUCUGCAGUUUCAUCACCAUUGUUCGGUAUGCAGACUGGUAG